AUGAUUGAGACUGGAAAAUACCUUUUCGGCGCCGCCGGUGCUAGCGGCUUCGGCUCUAAAUCCACCGCCGAUGAGGUAACCGAGAACUGCGACCUCCGUUCCACCACUGCGAUUAUCACCGGCGCGACGUCGGGGAUCGGAGCAGAGACGGCGAGAGUGCUGGCGAAACGAGGAGCGAGGUUGGUUUUUCCGGCGAGGAACGUGAAAGCGGCGGAGGAAGCGAAAGAGAGAAUCGUCUCUGAGUUUCCGGAGACGGAGAUCGUCGUAAUGGAGCUUGAUCUCAGCUCAAUAUCGUCCGUACGGAGCUUCGUCGCCGAUUUCGAGUCGCUCGAUCUUCCACUUAAUCUUCUCAUAAACAACGCAGGCAGAUUUGCACAUGAACAUGCAAUAUCCGAAGACGGGAUCGAGAUGACAUUUGCCACUAAUUAUUUAGGCCAUUUUCUGUUGACCAAUAUGUUGCUGAAGAAAAUGAUACAAACGGCAGAAGAAACAGGAGUUCAAGGGAGGAUCGUCAACGUCACGUCGGGAAUUCACGGCUGGUUUUCCGGCGACUUGAUCGAAUAUCUCCGGCUGAUUUCCAAACCCAAGUGUCAAUUCGAUGCGACACGUGCGUAUGCUCUCUCGAAGCUUGCCAACGUUUUGCAUACCAAGGAGCUCUCUUCUAGACUCCAGAAAAUUGGAGCGAACGUGACGAUAAACUGCGUACACCCAGGGGUUGUUAGGACCCGGUUAACGAGAGACCGAGAAGGAUUAUUGACAGAUCUCGCCUUCUUCCUUGCUUCCAAGCUCCUUAAGACCGUCCCUCAAGCAGCAGCAACGACGUGUUACGUGGCAACAAAUCCAAGGUUGGUGAACGUAUCGGGAAAAUACUUUACGGACUGCAAUGAAACGACAGCGUCCGGACUCGGAACUAACUCCUCCGAAGCUACCAAAUUAUGGGCUGCUUCUGAGAUUCUGGUAACUCAACACUCCAAGGCCGGUUUCAACCCAUUUAGCUAA